CCUAAUUGAUCAAUCAGGAAGGAUGAACUUCUUAUUCUAGAACUUUUUUACCCUUUUCUUUCGUUCUACACAGCAUUUACGAUUGCACAUGUCUCAGAUGUUCGGGGCCGUUGCAUCUUCACGCCCUUCGUUUGCGUUGCUUCUUGAGCCACAUCGCCUCUCUUUUACUCUUUUUGUCUACAUUUGUUUUGUUGACAUUCAGACCUCUUUCUCGUGGAUCCUUUAAGCUUCUGGUUUGCACAAAAACAGCAAUAAAGAGAACGACUCCACCGCCGCCGCCUUGGCUCGCACUGGCGUUAGUUAUCACCAAUUGAACUUGAAAUCCGGUCCAUCCGCCUGCCGGGUUUCGAAGCAAGCCAUAAAUAUCUUCCCGCCCCUCUGUAUCUUCCUUACAUCGGGAACACCUCGCCAACACCACCUCACCAACACCCUGUCUCCUCUUGCUGCCUUUCGGGCCAGCAGCCGACUGCUCAGCGCCAUGGACUGGUUUGGCCGUGCGAAGAUCGCUUUCACCCACUCGUCUUCGCCGUUGGCCCUGCAGAGGAAAGAUGGCACUGCUACGGACUUGCUGAAGGUGUGCGAAGCUAGCACGUCUCCCUGUCAGCUCAACCCCCUGCUCUUCAACGGCCACCUUCAGACCAUGUGGACUGCCGUUAAGGAGCACGGCCCUCCGAUCUACUACCGGAGGAGGAUAUUCGACGCCGACCACAAGACCUACACCGGCACUUUCACGGUUGACUUUGCGGUAGACCCUCACUCGGAUGUGGAAGAAGCGCUGCCGCCGAGGACUGCCUUCUUUUCCGAAGAUGACUUCGCCAACAUCGGCUCCGACGAUAGCAGGCCCAUGCUGAUCGUGCUUCACGGCCUCUCUGGCGGCUCCCACGAGAUUUACCUCCGGCAUGCCAUUGCGCCUUUGGUCAUGAAUGGCGGGAAUUGGGAUGUCUGUGUCGUGAACUCCCGCGGGUGCGCCAACAGCAAGGUGACGAGCGGCGUCCUCUUCAACGCAAGGGCUACUUGGGACGUUCGGCAAGUCGUAAAAUGGGCAAAACAGACCUUCCCCAACCGGCCGCUAUUUGCCCUCGGGUUUUCUCUGGGCGCAAACAUCCUAACCAACUAUGUGGGCGAGGAAGGAGCGAAUUGUCUCCUGAAGGGGGCUAUUUCUGUGGCAAAUCCGUUUGAUUUGGAGAUAGCGAAUAAGGCUCUCCAACGGACACUGCUGGGGAAGCAGGUGUACUCGCGGGUCAUGGGUACCAACAUGAAGAAACUCAUCGACAACCACAAGGACGCCGUUCUGAAACUCACAAAUCUGGACUACGACCGGAUUCAGAACGUAACGUACCUGCACGAGUUUGAUCGCGAAGUCCAGACCGUAACAUGGGGCUACCCCACCGAGAAUGCUUACUACCGUGACGCAUCAUCCUCGGACGCGGUUCUCGGUAUCAGAAUCCCGUUUCUUGCCAUUUCCGCCUUGGACGACCCGAUCGCUGUAUACGAUGCCAUCCCCUUCCAGGAGUUCACACAGAACCCAUACACGGUGCUUCUUACCACCUCCCUCGGCGGGCACAUCUCGUGGUUCGAGAUUGGCGGCGGAAGAUGGCAUGCUAAGCCGAUUUGCGACUUCCUGAACCACAUGGUCACUGAGAUCGACCUUGACGCCAUCAAGCCCGACGCCAAUGGAGCACAAGUUGAAACCCAGUUUGUCACUGAGUUCGACCCGGUUAGGCGGAAGUUGCAAGUUAUUAACAACUGAAGAUCAGAAAAUGGAGGUAUCUUGUGCAAUGUAGCGCUGGUGUUUCGGGAUAGACUUGGUUAGGAUCUCAUAGAAUAGCAUGUAGACUUUUGUAACGAUCGGAAUUUACACGUGCACUACCACAACAGACC